GUGAGUGUGCGGCUUCCACUGAGAGAACGGAACGGCGUAAUGAUAAAAGCCGCAUUUGCGGUAGCCUACACACCUCGUACUUCAUAUCAGUCAAGAAAAAAAGAAAGAGAAAGCGCCUUAUAACCCGUCUCCUCCCGCUGUCGCCUUAUCCACUUCUCGGAGAAGAUUCUGAAGUGCCAGCAGUACCAUGUCCAGGUCAUCAGGGGGCGGCGCCAACGAUGUCACCCGCUUCCUGUCGUCAGGGGCGGGGCCAGCAUCACCCUCCUCUGCCCCUCCCACCGGCCAUGUGUUCUCAGCCUCCAGCCAGGCUGACUGGGCGGCCAAGAGGCUGGUGUGGGUCCCGUCAGAGAAGCACGGCUUCGAGUCUGCAAGCAUCCGCGAGGAGCGCGGGGACGAGGUGGAGGUGGAGCUGACCGACAGCCACACCCGGCUCACCCUCUCCAGGGAGGAGGUGCAGCGGAUGAACCCGCCCCGCUUCAGCAAGGUGGAGGACAUGGCUGACCUCACCUGCCUCAACGAGGCCUCCGUCCUUCACAACCUCCGAGAGAGAUACUACUCUGGGCUUAUCUAUACAUACUCAGGGCUGUUCUGCGUGGUAGUCAACCCCUAUAAGAACCUGCCCAUCUACACAGAGUCCAUCGUGGAGAUGUACCGGGGAAAGAAGCGCCACGAGAUGCCCCCCCACAUCUAUGCCAUAUCAGAAGCUGCCUACCGUAGCAUGCUGCAAGGCUUCUACCCUGAGGCCAGACUGGCACGCCAGUCCCUGGAGAAGGCCAAGACGGUGCUGGAGGAGGAGAGGCUGAACCUGUCGUCCGAGCUCAAGGCCCUGCAGGGGGGCCGCCUGGAGAGCGAGAGGGGCCGCAAGAGGGCCGAGGGCCAGCUGCAGGAGCUGACCGCACGCCUGGCCCAGGCCGACAGGGAGAGGGAGGAGAGGGAGGAGCGCCUGCACAAACUACAGUCUGAGAUUGAGUCCAUCUCCAGCUCUCUGACCUCCUCUGACUCCAAGUCCCUCCGCCUUGGCAAGGAGGUCAGCACCCUGGAGACCCAGCUGCACGACGCGCAGGAGCUGCUACAGGAUGAGACCCGUCAGAAGCUGGCUGGCUCGCGGGUGCGGGCGCUGGAGGAGGAGAGGAACGGCCUGAUGGAGCGGGUGGAGGAGGAGGAGGAGGAGGGCCAAGGAGCUGACCGUCAGAUCCAGACUCUCACUCAGCAGCUGGCGGAGCUUCGUAAGCAGUCGGAGGAGGUGAGCGCGGCGGUGGAGGCGGGGGAGGAGGCACGCAGGAAGCUGCAGCGGGAGCUGGACAGCGGCGUGCAGCGGGAGCGGCAGAAGGAGGAGGAGAAGGAGCGUCUGGAGAGGCAGAGGGAGCGUCUGAGGGAGGAGAUCGAGGACAUGACGCUGGCGCUGCAGAGAGAGAGGCAGAACUGCACCGCUCUGGAGAAGAGGCAGAAGAAGGUUCGACCAGGUAGAUGCCUGGCGGAGGAGAAGGCUGUGAGCGCCAGGCUGGCGGAGGAGAGAGACCGGGCCGAGGCAGAGCGGGACAAGGAGACCCGCUCCCUCGCCCUGGCACGAGCACUGCAGGAGGCUCAGGACCAGAGGGAGGAGCUAGAGAGAGCCAAUAAGCAGCUACGUCUGGACAUGGAGCAGCUGGUCAACCAGCAAGACGACGUGGGGAAGAACGUGCACGAGUUGGAGCGUUCCCGCCGGGCCCUGGAGACGGAGGCCCAGUCUCUGCGUCAGACCCAGGAGCUGGAGGAGGAGCUGGGGGAGGCCGAGAACUCGAGGCUGAGGCUUGAGGUCACCCUGCAGGCCCUCACUCAGUUUGAGAGAGAGAUCAGCACCAAGGAGGAGAAGGGAGAGGAGAAGAGGCGGGGCCUCAGCAAACAGGUGAGAGAGCUGGAGACCCUGCUGGAGGAGGAGAGGAGCCAGCGCUCUCAGGCCAUGUCCGUCAAGAAGCAGCUGGAGGCGGAGCUUCAGGAGGCGGAAGCCCAUGUGGAGACAGCCAAUCGCGGCAGGGAGGAGGGGCUUAGGCAGCUGCGUCGAAUGCAGGCUCAGGUGAAAGAACUUGUCCGGGAGCUGGACGAGACGAAGCUAGGUCGCGACGAAAUCGUCGCCCAAUCAAAAGACAGCGAGAAGCGUUUGCAGACACUGGAGGCCGAGCUUCUGCAACUCACAGAGGAGAUGUCUGUGUCUGAGCGCCUACGGAGGCAGGCCCAGCAGGAGAGAGACGAGAUGGCCGACGAGAUCGUCAACAACUCCGCUGGAAAGACUGCCCUGUCUGAUGAGAAGAGGAGGCUGGAGGCCCGAAUCACCCAGCUGGAGGAGGAGCUGGAGGAGGAGCAGGGGAACGCUGAGCUCAUCGCUGAGAGGCACAGGAAGACCACACUGCAGGUGGAGACCAUGACGGUGCAGCUGCAGGGCGAGCGCACGCUGACCCAGAAGGCCGAGGGUGCCCGGGAGCAGCUGGAGAAGCAGAACAAGGACCUGAAGUCUCGUCUGGGGGAGAUGGAGGGGGCUGUGAGGGGCAAGCACAGGCUCAGUGUCGCCGCCCUGGAGGCCAAGAUAGACACCAUGGAAGAGCAGCUGGAGCAGGAGAGACAGGAGAGAGCCAUAGCCAACAAGCUGGUGCGCAAGACAGAGAAGAAGCUGAAAGAGGUGAUGAUGCAGGCGGAUGACGAGAGGAGACAUGCAGACCAGUACAGAGAACAGUUGGACAAGUCCCUGGGUCGUCUGCGGCAGCUGAAGAGACAGCUGGAGGAGGUGGAGGAGGAGAACUCGCGCUCCAACGCCCAGAGGAGGAAGCUGCAGCGGGAGCUGGAGGAGAUGACCGACAGCGGCCAGAGCAUGACCCGGGAGAUCACCGCUCUGCGCAGCCAGCUCAGCAUCCCCGAAUGGAAGCCAGAUAAGCGUGCUCCGUUGCCCUUGGCGAUGCGUUCAGGACGGCGAGCGUUGGUUGACGACCUCUCGUUAGAGAACUCCGAUUCAGAAGACCCCCCCGCCUCCCCUACGCCGUCCUCCGGCCCCCCGGGGACCCCCACGCCCACCUCAGAGAACAGCCUCGGGCCUCCUCCACCCUACACCCUUAACAACACGGAGUGACACACACAUACACACACACACACACACUGAAACACAAAUACCCUGCCCUCCUGAAGCCUUAACAGCACUGAAUGACAGGUGAAGGAGAGACACACACACACACACACACAAAAGCAAGAUUUCUCUUCUGGAGGGGAGGAGAACCAGGACUGAUCAGGAGUUCCGCCUGACUGACAGUUACGUACACUAGUGUAGGAGCUUGCAUCUCUGGGGACACAUCAGCUACCGGAAACCGGUGCAGAAACGUCAUUUAUAUCAACAUAGCCGUGUGCUAGUCUCAUGAUGCUGUAUCGUGCUUAAAUGGCAGAAACUAAAUGGCUGCCACACCUCAUUGCAGCUCAAUCAAUGUAAAGCCAUGUUUAACUCUAUGAGGAGAAGGGUCAGCAUUUGUACAUUCUACCUGAUUACACAUAGGGCUGCCAGAAUGGAAAAUCAUAGUUACAUUGGCUCUGUUUCCCUCAAAGGGUUAAAGACCCUGCGUCUGCAUGUGUGAGGUGACAUUCUGCCAGUCUACAGGUACACACCGGUCACACAGUGUUCAGACCGGUGGCAGUGUAUGUGUUUCUGUGAGUCAAUCACUCGUUGACUCCGCUACGGUGAGAGAAAACGUAUCUCUAUUUUAAUAUACUGUACGCUUGAGACAGAGAAAAUUUACUUGAAUUUCAGAAUUUUCUGCUCUCUCACUGAAUUUGAAACCAAACUUUCCAACCAUGUCCUGAUCUGUGUGUGCAAGUCGUCCGACACAUCAGACACUACAGAGAGAAACGACCUGCUGGAAACCUCCUUGAUGUUGUAAGUGCAACCAACCCCAGCGUGUCCUCUCAUAGAAACAUACUGACGACAGGCUCCUAGUCGUCCUUAAGAUCAGAUCUAGGAUCAGGAUUACUGCUGUUCUGUUACCAUGUCCCUUAUAGGGCAGGACGGCUGCCCUGACCAGAGAACAGCGUCAAGAGGACAGCGUGGUCCUAAGUUCCUCCUGCACAUUUAUACAGUCAGUCUUAUGAUUACAAUACAAUAACUCGUAUCCUAUUUUCAAUAUUGCUGGUCAUGUGAGUAUUCACUCUAGACUGAUACGGUUGCUUGGUUACUGCAGAAUGCUGCUGAUCGGCUCCAGCGCUAGGCUCUGCGUCCAGGUCAAGUCUGCAGACAGGAGUCAAGCUUUUCCAACAAUUAGUGUAGAUCGUUAGAUUAGAUACAUAAGCAGUAGUGUACUGGGUAGUUUCUUUAAUUAAAUUCUUAGUAUAUAGCUUCUUUAACGUAUUUACAAGCAGUUGAAUUCAUGUAAUCUAAGCCAACCUAAAUACAGAAUGAACAUAAACACAUGAAGUUAUUUAUUGCUGUUAUUAUUUCUUUUUAUUAUUAUUGACCGGUGAUGUUCAGACAUCAUUGAUUAUUAUUGAUACUUGUGCGUUUGGCCCUUAUCAGAAUUUGUUUUUAUUGCCAUGUAAGUUUAAACAAACUUAUGUGGAGGAAGAUGAACUAUGGUCUUGAAAUCUGACCCAAGUCUUGUCCUGUGUCUUGAGAACAGUGUAGAGUUCGACCCAGAUGAUAGUGGAGAUUGGCCUGUUUGUCUGUGAGCUGUGUGACCCCAGCUUGGAGUAUUUGUGGUUGACUGUACUCUGUCAUUGCUGGUGUGUACUGGAAUAUAUUUGCUCCUUUGCUCUGUCACUUGGGCUUGUUUGGUUUGGAAUCUGUACUGGGGAAACAAACUCAAAUUUAAGUCAGAUGAUAGUUGUAAUUAGCUAUGGAGCUAGAAAUGACCUUUUUCGCAAAACAGGAACAUUUCUGAUCGUGGAUUUCUUUGAAAAUCCAAUUCCUCUGAUCGUUCUUAACAUAUCAUACAUAAUUAUCUUUUUUUUUAUCGAACAGACAUAUUGUACAUUGUAAUAUUGUUUUUUAUUGAUUAACUAUGUAAAAUAUUUAUCAAACAAAGCUUUCGUUUUUAACCAAACGGUGGGCAUAAGGAUGAGAAAAGGGAAUUAGUUUAGUAAAAUACAUGUAGAAUAGAAUAGAUAAGACAGAAGGAGAGAAGUUCAGGACAUUUGUCAAUUUACCUCUGAUCUGUUCUUUAAAAGUUUCAGAAAAAUACAUUCUGGUUCUUUCUCCCCAUCAUUCCUGCAUUAGAUUGUUCAAUGACAAUUGAGCACAAGUUAGUAAAUUUAACUAAUGGCGUAGGAAAGUUUUUAGAUUUGUCUCACAACGAAAGCUGUGAAGGUUGAAAUGUUCAAAAUAUAAACAUAGUCUUGAGUGAAAUGUGGAUCACAAACUGAUAUAAGGAAAUGGUUCAUUUGAAGUGUCCUGAUGUUAAACACUUAUGUUCUCAGAGGGAUGUCAGUUUUAAAGGUAAUCAAUGUGUACUACUGUCCUGUCUGUAAACAUGCCAUCUCUCUGAGUCUAGAAUAGACACUGCCUUACAAACCCUCACUUGUUAUGGUCCCCAGUUUCCCUGCAUCUCUAUAGCAUGAUUCAUGUUUUUGUUCAUAAUCCAGUAUGUGAAGGUGUUUAGUGUGUGUCUGAUUUGCGACAAGCUUUCCCAGGCACCUGCUUGCCUGGUACAGCUCGACUUUGUAGACACACAAACACAGUGCCCUGUCACAUGGAUGUGGGUGUUUCUCUGUGGUAGAGAAUUUGUCUGCAUCAAGACGUUACAGGUUCGAAUCCCCCCCUCCUAAAUGAACACAUUAUUAUUAUGAAUGCUAGAUGAAAAAUUUUCUAUUGAGCAAAAGUUUAAUUCAUGAUUUAGAAAAAGACUGGUGGUAAAAUGCCAAGUUAACAGACUUAGUAGUCUCGGUAUUCACCACUCGUUACAUAAGAGAAGAUGAAAUCAUUGGUAAUCACCAUGUUCUGGGUCAUGAUAUAGAUCUCUCCCUCCCUGGUGGGCUCAUCAGAACCGAGGGUGAGAGGGCCCGGGGGUGAGAGGGCCCGAGAGUGAGGCAGCCCGAGAGUGAGGCAGCCCGAGAGUGAGGCAGCCCGAGAGUGAGACAGCCCGAGAGUGAGGCAGUCCGAGAGUGAGGCAGCCCGAGAGUGAGGCAGUCCGAGAGUGAGGCAGCCCGAGAGUGAGGCAGCCCGAGAGUGAGACAGCCCGAGAGUGAGGCAGCCCGAGAGUGAGACAGCCCGAGAGUGAGACAGCCCGAGAGUGAGGCAGCCCGAGAGUGAGACAGCCCGAGAGUGAGGCAGCCCGAGAGUGAGGCAGCCCGAGAGUGAGGCAGCCCGAGAGUGAGGCAGCCCGAGAGUGAGGCAGCCCGAGAGUGAGGCAGCCCGAGAGUGAGGCAGCCCGAGGGAUACCCUUGUUCAAGAGCAUAACACAACCUUUUUUAAAUGAUUCCAUACAUAACAGAACAACAUUGCCUCUGUAUUUUUACAGUAGUUCCCAGGUCCAGCACCACAAUGAGCUCCUAUUUGAUUUGCCAAUGCUUGAUUAUUUUAGCAGUAGUAACAUUUAACUUAAUCUGGCCAGGGGUUAUUUGGGUUGAGAAUGGGUUGAAUUUGUGUAUGACUACUGAACAACGACAUAUAUUUAGUCCUUCGUGACAGCUUUUCUUUGUCUUUUAUGUGUUUUAUUUUCCUGAAGGGAAUGUUUGAAGCGAUCUAUAUGAAGGGGUGGUUUUCUAAGUUCCUGGCUACACUGCACUUUAUCCGCCACUAGAGGGAGCUACACAGACAGAUCAUCAGCUGUUGUGUCAGUCUUAGUUUAGUCCUUGUUUAAUUUGAAUCAGAUGUCAACUAAGCAGAUGUUAAGAAAGUAAUCAUGUAUUUUGUUGCUCUGUUUUCACAUAUGAACAUUUAGAAAAAGCAGUCAUAAAGCCUGUUGUAAAGAUGUGGUAUUCAGGAGAUUUACAAACAGCACAGACUCACAAGGCUGUUGGUGUUUCGGAGAAGGCUGUUGGUGUUUCGGAGAAGCAAGACUGGUGCUCUCAAAGGUGUUUUUUGUGUGUUUCUUUUUGGUUCAUGGCUUCUGUGGAACUUGGAACAUUUUGGAAAUGUGUGGUUUAUGAGCCUUUUAUGUUUAUGAUGCUGUAAUUAUAAAAGACUUCUGAUUGGGGUUAAUGUUAAUAUAUGUCGUUGGUUUUGA